AUGUGCAGCAUGAAGAUGAUGCUUCUGGGCGAGUUGAAUCCCAGCGAGCACGCCCGUGUCAUUGGCUACAAGGCCAUCAAGUGGCGUUUCGAGGAGAACCUGAAGGACUUAGAGUUGCUGAUGGAGGCUUUUCCUUGCGCCAAGGUGAUCUUGAGCAAGAGAAGGAGCAUCGAUGAUCAGCUUCUCUCCCAAGGAGAAGUGUUUGGAAGCAUGGACUACUAUGCCACGGAGCACGCGAACAAGGCCAUGGACAAGUUCGCAAAGCAUCACAGCGACAGGUCUUUCAGCUUGGACUUGGAGGAUUUCGACGUCGAGCACUUCAACGCUUUACUGGGCUUCUUGGGUGAGGACGACAAGUGCCGGUACGUGGAUGUCGUACAUGACAAUGCAACUCGUCUGCAGGUCUGUCAGUUUUUGCAGCCCCCCUAA